AAUGCCAUCCAGACCCCUCUGCAGCUUUUGAUCCACUGUCUCUCUCACACAUAUACACACAUUGACCUACAGACGAGACAACCAGCAUCCACAAUGAUGGAGAUGUUUGAAACCAACCCCUAUUACUAUCACGAUCAGCGCUACUUGGACAGCGAGAACGUUGUUUUCCAGCACUUGGAUGGGGCCGGGGUGUCUCCCCUGUACCCGGGGAGCGAGGACGGGUUGUCCCCAGUCGGAGACGCCAGCCAAGCCGAGCCGAGCUGUGACAGCGGCGGCGAGGAGCACGUGUACGCCCCGCCUGGCCUGAAGUCCCACUGCCCCGGCCAGUGCCUGAUCUGGGCCUGCAAGGCGUGCAAGAGGAAAUCGGCCACCACCGACAGGAGGAAGGCGGCCACGCUCAGGGAGAGGAGAAGGCUCAAGAAAAUCAACGAGGCUUUCGACGCGUUGAAGCGCAGGACGGUGCCGAACCCCAACCAGAGGCUGCCCAAGGUGGAGAUCCUCCGCAGCGCCAUCCACUACAUAGAGAAGCUGCAGGAUCUGCUGCACAGCCUGGAUCAGCAGGAGAAGCUGCAGGAGAACGUGGACCCGAUCAGCUGCAACGGCUCACACUCGAUGGUAGACGCUUCAGACUGCUGGGGAGCAAACAGCUGCCCCCCCUCUGAGUGGGGGAAUCUGUCUGAUCAUUCCAGUAUCAUAAAUAGGAGUCACAAAGAAGGAAGCAGUCUAGAAUCUGCAGGUACCAGCAGCCUUCGUUACCUGACCUCGAUAGUCGACAGCAUUUCAACGGAGGAAUCCACUACACUCCAUACCGAAGACUCAACCAUAACCAAGUGAUGAUUCACUACAAACUAUUACCUUUCAAGCGGAUUGUUACAGCAAUUAUGAUGACAGUUAGCAUCGUAUUUACAUGUCGAAAAACGCUUUGCUGGGCUGUACCUAAACAAAAUGAUUUAUACUGUGCCCAAAUGUACUAUAUGUUUUUAAAAGUGUUGUUAUUGCGAGUUGUUUUUUUUAAAAAAAAUCCAUUCCCUCAGUAGAAGGAAAAGGCCAAAAGUGUAAUAUCGAUUUAAUUGACCAACGCUUAAUUAUGAACUGAAGUUUUGAAUAACAUUGGUAACGUGUAAAUAUGUUUGUACAAAUGUUGCUUCGAUGUACUUAGUAACAAGUUUCAUAAUUUUAUAAGAUGAUAUAUUUUUUUCGUUUUGAACGGUAUGCAUUCAACAUUUAUUGUGAAGACUGAAUUAAAAGAAAAGUUCUUUAUUUGACGUUUUAUUGAAAA